AUGGGUCUGAGCGUCUCGGCAAUCGUUCAACUCCUCUACGGGAUCCCAUCUCUGAUCCUGAUGGUCUUUUUCACGAUCAUUCUCUCGACGGCCAAGGUCUUCAGCUACUCCUUCUACCGUCUCGUCCAGUUCGACAUAGUUAUCGUGGGUUUUUUUAGAACAUGUUCCAGAAAAAAAUUGAGGCUUUUUUUGACAAGGGGUUUCAAGAAAUUUUUGUUGAUCUACUAAAUUUAAACAUUAAAUAAAAACUUUUUCUGAAGGAUUUCUAACAAAAAGUUAGAUAAAAUCAAUAAAAAAGGUCCAGGAUUUCUUUCUCUACAGUUAUCUGAGCAUUUUUUUCUGAAGUAUUUUAAUACUUAAAAAGUUAACUUCAAUUUAAAAAUAAAAAUUUCCCCUAUUUUUUUGACAGCAAGAUCGAUUAUUCAGAACUUCUUCUGCUACUUCAACAGUUGGCUGGGAAUCCGCGUGUCUCAGGAAUGGUUCGGCAGGAACCUUCUUACUUCGGUCGUCAUGUUCUGUCCUUCAAUCAUGAACCUUAGCGCCGUCCUGAUCAUUUGGUCAGUUUUGUGAUUUUUUGGAAGAGUUUUGAAAAGUUCUCGGAACAUCUGGCUAGAGAUGCAUCAAAAACGUCUUAGAAGGUUCAGAGACUUAUAAAUAACAAAAAUAGUUCUUGAAAACUUCGGAGAGGCUUUGGAGCGUUCCAGGAUAUUAUGAAGACUUCUUACAAUGAGCGAAACACUUAUGUGACAUCUCUAGGAGGACCAGAGGAAGUUUAGAAAGCAUAGAGACUACUCAGAGCUUUUAAACUGGCAGAAACUAUUUUUUUUUAACGGAAAAAAGAACUUUUAAAAGCUUCUAGACAAACAUUCAAAACGUCUGAGGGGAUUUAGAGACAUAAAAAUCAGGAAGCUUUCAUAGAGACGUGAGCGAAUUCGUGGGAACUUCUGAGUGACCUUAGAAAGUUCUAGAAGACGUUGUAGACUACAUCAUAGGCUAUUUGAAGACUUAACAGUCAUCUGAAGAUUAUAAAGCACUUAGAAGGCUUAGAGACUUCUCAAAGACCUUCAACAGCAGAACCGUUUUUUAAGAACUAAAAAUGCGUUUACAAUUUCUUGAUAAGCGAAAUUCGAUUUUUGUAGAGUACUUUUCAGGUUUUUCCACGCUCAAAAUGUUUCCUCUUUCUUACUCUGCCUCCAUCGUUUGACUACCAUGGUUUUCGUUUCGGCGGAUAAGGUGAGUUUAUUCUUCUCUUCAGAGAAACAUUUCUGACCGAACUUGAAAUGGGCCAAAGCCAGCAGUUAGAUCUACAAGUUAUAGUCUGUGUGCCAUGACUUGAAAUUUCACGGAACGACAUUCCGCUGUGUCGCUGUGCGCCUUUGCGAACCUUGGUCGUGCUUAUAUUUUUUUUUUCUUUUAUUAAGGUACUCCACUUUCCUGUACUCCCACAGCAAUAUCAAUAAAUUGAAAGCGUGACCUAUAUUCGAAAGACGCUUCGCGAACGCACGCAGCGGAACAGCGGAAUGUCGUUCCGUGAAAUUUCAUGUCGUGGCACACAGACUAUAACAUCUCAAAAGACUUUUCAAAAUUAAAUUAUUCUGAGCCAUUACUCCUUAAUUCAUCUCCAUUCAGUUCUGGAAAAACUUCUGUUGGCUGGUCAUGAUCCUGGGAAUGUUCUACAGUACCCUGGCUUGGGGCGGCUACCGUAUCGCCGGAGUUUCGUACAAUUAUUACAUCGAAAAUGACACUAUGAGAUAUCAGGCCGUGAGUUAAUUCGAAAAUUCAAUUUUGAAACUUUUUGGAAUCUUUUCUAGUACAACGUCAAUACGAUGUUCACGAUCAACCCUAUUUUCGCUGUUAUUUAUUUUGGUCUCAUCCUAUCGUCCGGUAUAGCCACCAUAUACAUCGUCGGCAAGAAGUUCAGAGGUAGGGCUGGGAAAAAAAAUGACCUUUUUAAAAUUCGAGAAAACUUUCUGAAAGACUUUUUAUAGUGCAAAAACGAAAAAAAAAAUUUUGGGGUCCUUAAAAAAUCAAAAACUUUUUCUCUUUUGCCCGUUUUUUCAUGAUCCUUAACAAGCUUAUGAGAAACUCCCAACAAUUUAAAGUAAUCAAGCUUUUUAAAUCAUAAAAAUCAGGCAAAUUGAUAUUAAUUACAAAUAAGAUAAAAAUAAUUUAAUUUUUCUCAAUUCCAUGCGGUAAAGUUUUCACAUGCUUUUUUGACAGUUUUCAAAGCUCAGUUUCCAAAAAAACAACUUUUUCAAGUUUUCUCAUCCACCUCAAUUUCUUCAAAAACUAUUAUUCGGAGCUCGAAUCUAUUACAACCUCCCAGAAAAAUGAUUGAAAAGAGAAAAAUCUGGACAAUUUGAGCGGCCAACUCGUCGCAAUCGAGCAAAUUCAUGAGAAAACUGGCAUUUGUCACCGCCGCUAACAGCUUCGUCAUGUCGGGAAACCUACUCUACACGGUAAAUUAUCGAAUUUUCUUUGAAAUCAAAAAGAUCCUACUCAGAUCGUUUUCGGCCUCGAAACCGUGUUCGAAUGGAACAUAAUCAGUCGGAGAGCCAAAAGUACGACGAUUCCAUUCGCCUCGGAUAUGGUAAAAGUUCCAAAAACGAGAAAAAUUUUUCAAAAAAAUGUUGAAGAUAACUCUGGCGAUGCCUUGGAUUCUACUGGCGCUCGACGGAAACGUCCACAAAUUUUUUGGCUUCACGAAACAGCCGAAAAAAUCGCCAGUCAUUUCUCUCACACAGCAGAAUUGA